AGAUCCCUCCCAAGUCUAAGAUAGUCCCCAACGGAGCCGGACAGCCAGCCCCCUCCUGGGUGGUUCACGACCGGCAGGUUCUUCGUUUCAGUGCUUUCUUCCAGGAGGCAGUGCACGAGAAGAGGGAGGAGAAGUACAGGAUCAGAAAUUGCACGAUACUCUACUACCUGGAAGACGACAGUAUCCAAGUCAACGAAGCCCGUCAGGAAAACAGCGGUAUUCCUCAAGGAACGCUGAUACGCCGACACCGCAUCUCCCAGCCACCACCAAACGACGAUCAGUUCUACACAGUGGAGGCGUUUAAUGUUGGCAACGCGGUUACUCUUUACGGCAGAAACUUCACCAUCAAGGACUGUGACGAGUUCACCCGUAACUUCCUAACUAAAACAGGAGCUAAAGUACCGGUGGCAAUGUCCACUGAACCUGCUGAUCCUUACUUUGUACACAGGAAGAACCAAGCUGCCACCAUGCAGCCUCAUAGGCCUUACGAGAAGUGUGAUACACUCAAACAGUUCCUGGACAACGACAGAAAAGUACUGCGAUUCUACUGCAUCUGGGAUAACUCUAGCGAGAUGUUCGGAGAUGUUAGGGAACUUGUCCUCCACUACUUCCUGGCUGAUGAUACUAUCGAGAUACGCGAGGUGAUCAGAGCUAACUCCGGCAGGGACGCCGCUCCUAAGUUCUUGAGGAGGAGUAAGGUUCCUAAGGAAGUAGGCGCGCUGCACAAGCCCGGUGAAAUAACAGAGCGAACAAUCCUGAACGUAUUCGGCCCCAUGGGACACGGAGGACGAUACAUCCUGGACUCUCUAAAAACAGGAGCUGUGGACAAGUCCUGUUACACUGAUGCUGAUCUGACUAUUGGAGCUAAGGUUAACGUGUGGGGCAGGGAGGUGACGGUCUGUGAUAUGGACGAGUUCACUGCUCACCAUUACGCCUCUAAGUUCUCCGUUGCAAAGAACACCCCAAUCCACUACAAACAGACGGAAGCUGCUAAGAUUGAACGUGAGAUUCCACCUUACAAUGGCUGGGGAUCCGAAGAGGACUCCAGAGCUAACUGCCUGAAACUCAUCGCUCAAGCUCCUAAACGAGACUUCAUCAAAUUCAUGAAGAAAGACAGACAAGGACUAGACAGUCACGUGUUACGCUUCUUCGCCAGACUCGACACCAACCGACCCAUCGACAUGGACCGAACCUUUAUCAUUUCCUUCUUCCUGUCUGAUGAUACUAUCUCCGUGUUUGAGCCGGAAAAGAGGAAUUCUGGUAUUGUACACGGCAAAUUCAUCGAGAGGAGCAAGAUAAUGAACCCAAGUGGUGGAUACUACCAAGCUGAGGAUAUUUACGUAGGAGCCGUGGUAAACUUCAGAUCGCACCAGUUCGUUAUUACCGAUGCUGACGAGUACGCUCUUUCUUACGCUGAGCAACACAAGUUCCCAGAAGCUGAUCUGACGAGAAUAAUGGACGCUCUCUGCGAUAGUAUCCCAGAAAAUGUUCUUAACGAGGAGUUUGCACAGAAAGAAUCUGUCUCUUACGUUGACUUUGUAGAGUUGAUAGAAGCGAGCAGUCACAUGAAGCUAUCACAACACGCAAUCCUUGUUAUAGCACGCAAAUACGCUAACGAGAGUGCCCUGAAGAUAACCUAUGAUCUGGUUCUAAAGCUCUGUCGUUAUAGACUGCAGAAGAUGAACUUUGACCGAUACGACGAGCUGCGGAAAGCUUUGUCACAAUGUCCUUCCGAAGAUAACGAUAAUCUGAUAGAUCCCGCUGAUGUUUAUAGAGUGUGUGCUGGUGUUGGGCUGCCUCUCAAAAACGAUCUUCUCACAGCUCUCAUCCAGAAAGUUCCAAAGCCGAAUGGUCGUGUUGAUUACAAAUCAUUCGUGGAAGAAUUGAAUUCAAUAGAAGCUGCGGAGGAAAACGUCCCAUUUAUCCCUGAUUCUCGUCUCACAGUUCCCGAUGAGGAGAAGAGUGGCUGGUUUGGACUCCGCAAUUUCCACUGUUCCCCCGAUGCUAUACCGGGUGUGAACAUCAAAAGUUUCUAUGACGACUUAGUGGCUCUCAAACAGGCCCAGGCACAGUCUCUGUCUCCUAAACCCAAGUCGGUUCACUUCUCCUAGUCAACGUGUUGAUGGUGUAUCAGUUUUUCAAAUCCUGCCGGCUAGGCGUCAUUAUAUUCGACUCGAAAUUUGUAUUUGGUUUAAUUUUAAUCAAUGUGCUGACAAUUAACUUAAAGUGUUCAGAUUAUUUCCAGAAGUAUCCUUAUAAUUCAGGAUAAACCAUAUUAACCGUGCUGUUUGAUUUAUGCAUGACUUAAAGACUUAAUCUCAGACAAAUUGUAACGACACAGUCACAAUUCUUUUAUUAAAGCCGGGAAUAAAUGGCGUAAUAAAAACGACUAGGAGAUUUUACUCUUACUAGAAGAAACUAUUUUGAUGAAACAUUUUAUGUAAUUUUCCAGGCAUAUUUGUCACUUGACCACUGUCAAUUUUAGCCAGCUAUGACCUAUGUGUAUCUAUUAAUAUAAACUUUUUUAGAGGUAUAUUUGUGGGGAAAUUGUAGGAUUUAGAACUUGUACCGGUGAACCUGGCCCCAGCUUUUGUUAUUCUUGAGCUGUUUAUCUGCAAGAGACACCACUAUUUGGGUAAUUACAUAUUCUCUCUCUUAUAAAUGCUAAUUGUAAAAUUGAGCUAAAGAUGGAUCAUUAUUAUGGAUGAGUAAUGAGUAUCGAUUGUAGAUUUUGACAAUAUUUGUACCACAGAUUAAGACCUA